AUGGAGCUGCAUUUCAAAUAUCUGGAUGCCGUGCAGGAGGCCGACAAGAAGAUGGACGCGGGGAAGCAGCACAGGGUCCUGCGAGGGGAGGUCCUGGUCAGCGACUCUGAGGAAGAGCUCUACCUGCGGCGCCUGGACGCGGGGCUCUUUGUCCUGCAGCACAUCUGCUACGUCAUGGCGGAGAUCUGCAAUGCCGAGGCCCCCCAGAUUCGGCAGAGGGUUCACCAGACCUUAAACAUGAGAGGGAGCUCCAUCGACGUGGUGAGGGACAUCGUCAAGGAGUAUGCUGAGAGCAUCGGGGAUGGCCGCAGCCCGGAGUUCAAGGAGAGCGAGCAGCAGCGCAUCCUGAGCCUGCUGGUCACCCUCUAG